AUGGCCACCCGGCGCCGGGCGGCCGCGCUGCUUCUGCCCCUGGCGUGGCUUCUCGGCGCAAACCGCGGCGCGGCCUUCGCCUCGCUGGACCCACGGCAGAUCACGCGGCGCAUCGUGGAGGCGCGAAGUGCGGGGGAGGUGCUGAGCCGGGUGCAGGAGGAGAAGGACAACCCGCGGCUGGGCUUCAUCGCCCUGUCCGCGGCCUGGUCCAGGAUGGCCAAGAUGCGGAUCCUGGCCUCUGACCCGGCGCUGCGGAACCCCUUCCUGCCGGACUUGGUCGCCUUGACGCGCUCCGCCCUGCGGCGGGCCGCGUCGGAGGCGAAGAAUGCGCGGGGCGUGGCGAACAUCUUCUGGGCCGCUGCGAAGCUUCGGGCGCUGCGACCGCAGCUGGCGCCGCUGCAACCUGCGCUGAUGGCUGCAGCCAGAAAGGCGGCGCCCCACAUGGACGCCCAGCAGGUGGCCAACACCAUCUGGGGCACAGCGGAGCUGCUAGAGACGGAGGGCGACCGGGAAGCCUUGUUGCUGGCUCUGGCGGAAAGGGCGGAACGAGUGAGACCCCAGAUGACUGCGCAAGCCGUUGCGAACAUCUUUUGGGCCACGGCGAAGUUGUCUAAGUCUGGGGGUGGCAGCCUUGUGGCAGUGCUUCCAACUUUGGCCACGAGGGCCGAGGAGGUGAGGUCUGACAUGAACGCGCAGCAUGUCGCCAACAUCAUUUGGGCCAUAGCGAAGCUGUCGAGUUCUGAUAGCUCCGCAUUCGCCUUGCUGCCGGCUCUGGUCGAGAGAGUUCAGGAGGUACGGUCGCAGCUGACCGCUCAAGGCGUGGCGAACGUCAUUUGGGCCACCGCGAAGCUGUCGGAUGUGGGGGAGAACUCCCUACUGGCCUCGCUGCCCAUGUUGGCCGCCAGGAUCCAUGAUGUAAGAGCUCAGCUGCAUGCACAGGGGGUAUCGAACAUCAUUUGGGCAACGGCAAAGCUGUCAGAUCUGGGGGAUUCCUCCUUGCUUGCCGUGCUGCCAACUUUGGGCAAGAGGAUGCAAGAAGUUCUGCCUCAGAUGAAUGCGAGAGACUUCGCCAACAUUUUCUGGGCCAUGGCCACACUGUCGGAGUCUGGAGAGAGGACGCUGCUGGCAUUGCUGCCAUCUUUGGUUGGGCCAUCCCAAGACGUGCUGUCACAACUGCCCCCCCAAGGGUUGUCAAAUGUGAUUUGGGCCGCUGCCAAGCUGUCGGAUCAUGGCGAAGACUCUCUCGUUACUUUGCUGCCUGCCCUGGUGAAGAGGGCGCAGGAAGUCAGCUCGGAGAUGUCUGCCCAAGCUGCCGCCAACAUCAUUUGGGCCGCGGGCAAGCUGGCCGAGUCGGGAGACAGCUCCCUCGUGGCCUUACUGCCAACAUUGGCAGCCAGAGUCAAGCAGCUGAGCCCGCAGAUGACCGCGCAGGGCAGUGCCAACAUCAUCUGGGCUGCAGCCAAGCUGGCGGAGUUGGAUCGCUCCCUCCUGGCCUCGUUGCCCAGUUUGGUCGGCAGAGUGCAGGAAGUGAAGACCGAGCUCGAUGCGCAGCUCGUGGCCAACAUCCUUUGGGCCGCGGCCUGUCUGUCGGAGCUGGGGAACUCCGCGUUGCUCCCCGCGCUGCCGACCUUGGAGAAGAGAGCGGUGGAAUUGCAGUCCCAGAUGAAUGCGCAGGAUGUGUCGAACAUCAUUUGGGCCACGGCCAAGCUGUGCGACUCCGCCGAAGCCGGCGGCUUUCUGCGCGCGUUGCCGAUCUUGGCGGGCAGGGCCAAGGAGGUCCGUGACAUGAGGGCGCGGCAUGUGGCGAACAUCCUGUGGGCCAGCACACGGCUGAGCUCUCGGAACCCCUGCGGCUCGGAUCAGAUCUUGUCUUGGGCCACCGGGCAGCUGUCGGAGCUCGAGAGCAUCGCGGACUUGCUGGCCGUGAGCCGGGCCCCGAAGCCAAGCAAAGCGAAGCCGGGCUUUGGAGCAAAAAGUGUCACCGAGCGAUGA